GGUUAUUCAGAUACAAAUUUAAUAUUUUAAUCAAUAAAAUGUUUUCCUCCGUUUUAGGUUGUAGUUGUGGUGAUAAUGAUAACUCCAAGGUAGACGUUAUACAAUACGACGAUGGUACUGUGGAGAGCAUGGAAGCGGGCCAGCCCUUCCCAACCUCGGACCAGAUCUGGGGAAUGAUGGGCACUAUUCUGGCCAUUGGAGCAGUUUGGAUGAUAUUCACAAGGAUCAAACGCGGCCGCAAGGCUUCUCCGCAUCCACCACCACUCGCCGCCCGCGAGAGCGACAAGCAGCAACCUCUCGAAGCCCCGCGCCCCUCCCCGCUCAAACAGACCGAUACACAAACCUCGUCGUCCCCGUGCAACAAGCGUUGUAAAUAA